AUGGUGUUAUCCAAGUUGCCUGCAUUCUUCUUCCUGUGCAGCUGCCUUGCGUUGGUUUAUCCUUUCGGCUGGCCAGACCUAAAUCGCGCUGCCCACAUUAAAUCCUCAGUAUGGUUCCAUGAAAUACAAAACUUGAUGGGUUAUGACAGCAUCGGCAAAACGGAGAUUCCCGAAGGAAGUGGACCUUAUUCUGUUGGCUCUACAGACUUGAUGUUUAAUUACACUAAUAAGGGAAGCCUCUUGCGUCUAUAUUAUCCAUCCCAGGACGAUCACUAUAAUGACACUAUUUGGAUACCAAAUGAAGAAUAUUUUUAUGGUCUCAGUAAAUUUCUUGGAACACAUGGUUUUAUGGCCAAACUUUUGAAAUUGUUCUUUGGUUCAAAGACAAUUCCAGCAAAGUGGAAUUCUCCUCUGAGGACUGGUGAAAAGUAUCCUCUGGUUAUUUUUUCUCAUGGUCUGGGAGCACUCAGGACAAUUUAUUCUGCCAUCGGCAAUGACCUGGCAUCUUAUGGGUUUAUCGUUGCUGUUGUAGAACACAGAGAUGGAUCUGCAUCUGCAACGUACUAUUUUAAGGAUGAGUUGGCUGUAACAAAAGAUGAUAAAACUUGGCUGUAUGUUCAAGAUCAUUUGCCCGUAAAUGAAAGUGAAAAAAAAUGUUUCCGAAAUUGGCAGGUAAAGAGAAGAGCACAGGAGUGUUCCCAAGCCCUCAGUUUGAUUCUUGACCUUGACCGUGGAAUAUCAGUGAAGAAUGUGUUAAAUACAGACUUUGAUAUGAAACAACUGAAGGGCUCUAUCGAUAGGAAUAAAAUAGCAAUCAUUGGACAUUCUUUUGGUGGAGCAACUACUAUUCAGGCUCUUAGUGAAGACCGGAGGUUCAGAUGUGGUAUUGCCUUAGAUCCGUGGAUGCAGCCACUGGGUGAAGAAGUGUAUUCCAGGGUUCAGCAGCCCCUCUUUUUUAUCAACUCUGAACAAUUCCAAUAUUGUGCCAAUAUCUGCAAAAUGAAAAAGUUAUAUUCACAUGAUAGAGAAAGGAAGAUGAUCACCAUCAAGGGCUCAGUCCAUCAGAAUUUUGAUGACUUCACAUUUACUUCAGGCAAAAUAACUGGACACUUAUUUAAAUUAAAAGGAGACAUAGAUUCCACUGUAGCAAUUCGUCUUUGCAACAAAGCCUCCUUAGCAUUCUUACAGAAGCAUUUAGGGCUCAAGAGAGAUUUUGAUCAGUGGGACCCUUUGAUUGAAGGAGAUGAUGCAAAUCUUAUUAAUGGGACCAGCAUUGACACAGUCUGCCAGCUUGACUCCUCUCUGCAGGACUGCGCAGGAGUAGCACAGAACUGUACAGGAAUAGGAAAAUGGAAUUUCGGAGACUUUAAAUUGUUUUAA